ACCGUGUGCAAAGCGCAGAAUGUGCUUUGAAAAUAUUAAAUAGGAAAAAAAAAGAGAAUGAAGAAAAUUUUCGCAAGAAUGAUAAUUAUAAAGCCUUCCAUAAAUUUGCAAUAGUAUUGCAAAAGAUCAAGAAAUUUAUCAUGGAUGUUGGUCAGCUUUUAACAUUUAGAGGAAUUUUCGAAGCAGAUAAGAAGGAACAUGCUAAAAGUAUUGAAGAACUUCAAAAAUUACAAAUAGAUUUCAAUACAAAUGUGGUUUCAGAAAAGCUUAAAAAGUUGACUGACGAAUUUGACAAUGUGAUGGACAGUUUGCAAUUUGCUAACAUUCCAUUCAGUAAGAAACAAUCGGAAACCCCAGAGAAUAGCGUAGAUAUCGAGCUUGGUGAAAUGGUGAAGUUUUUAAAUGAAAUUGAAAAUUUUUUUGACAAAAACAGCCAAGCCCUUAAAGAAUUGCUAGUUAUAAAUGAUAACGAUAAAAUUAGGAAUGAAAUUGAACCACCACAAAUUAAUUCGAGAGAAUUAAAAGAACUGAAUGAAUCGAAUAGUCUUCAACCGGAUAAUAGACAAGGAAUAUUUAGGAAAUUUGUACCAUCAAAAAAUAAAGGUGUUGAUCAAGGUAAAAUCAUUAAGAGACGUUAUAGAAACGAUGUUGUUGUUUGUCUUAAAAAAUGUUCAAAGGAUGAUCUUCGACAAUUGAAGAUCCGGGAAAGACUGAACAAGUUGCCAAGCAUUCUUCAAUUUUAUGGCACUUAUUCCGAAUAUAUGGUUCUUGAAUUUGCCGAACGAGAGAGUUUAGAAGAAAUUAUUAAUGGAUCUCGUGGUAUCCCGUGGCAAAUAAAAAUACUUAUUGCUCUUGAAAUUUGUCGUGGCAUCAUAUUCUUACAUAGUGUUAGGACAUUUCAUUAUGACAUCAGAUGCAAAAAUAUAAUGAUAACGGACAAAUUGAUGCCAAAAAUUACAAAUUUCCAAUGUGAAGGAUCUGAAAGAGAGUUUAAUUGGAUGGCUCCAGAAUCCCAAGAAAACAAUAACCAAGAAUUGGAAAUUCAAAAAGAAUUAGAAGUUAUUAUUAAAAAAACAUGGCACCAUGAACCUGAAAUGCGGAUCAGCAUUUCUGAACUAUUUUUGGGGUUAUCAGAAUUGAAUAAGAAAUAUCCUAACGAAAUCAAAGACCUUCCUGAUAAGAAAGAAAAUAUCAAAGAAGGAGAUAAAUCUAAAGAAAAUUCUUCACUUAAGUUGGUUACGCAACUUGAAGAGGGAAUAAAACUUAUUAAUAGUGAUAGUGAUA